GGGAAAAACACGACAAAGCUGUCAAAUUGCGAAAACAGAAACACAAAAACAACACAGCAAAAGUUAAUAGUUUAUCAUCAUCAGUGCUAUUCAGUGCGAUUAACCUGAAUCAGCCGAAUUUACGUCGCAAAUAAUGGGAAAUCAACUGGUCGGGGUAGCACCGUCCCAAAUCUUCCCCGUCGAGCACUACCUGACCGGAUCGUUCGAGUCGGAUUUGCAGUAUGAAUCCAGCAUGGGAAGCACUCGCUUCCUCAAAGUUGCACGGGCCAAAACCGACGAAGGCUUGGUUGUGGUGAAAGUGUUUGUGAAACAUGAUCCGUCUCUACCGUUGGAGCAGCAUGUUGAUAAGAUUGAAUACAUCAAGAAGAACCUGGCACAUGCGGCGAACUGUUUGCCUUUCCAAAGGGUGCUGACCACCGAGCGCGCCAGCCUCAUCAUUCGCGAGUACGUCAAGCACAGUCUCUACGAUCGGGUGUCGACCCGACCCUUCCUAACGCUGAUCGAAAAGAAAUGGAUCACCUUUCAAAUCUUGUGCGCGCUGCACCAGUGCCACAAGCAGAAGAUCUGCCAUGGUGACAUCAAGCUGGAAAACAUAAUGAUUACAUCUUGGAAUUGGAUUCUGUUGUCCGAUUUUGCUUCGUUCAAGCCAACUUACCUGCCGGAGGAUAACCCUGCUGACUACAGCUUCUUUUUCGAUACCAGCCGUCGUCGAACAUGUUACAUUGCACCGGAACGUUUCGUUAAAUCUACUAGCGGUGAGAACAUUCCGCAAAAAGCAGAUGUAUCACUUGUGGGAGACGGUCCCUGCUACACUGGUAACCUACAAUCAGAGAUGGACAUCUUUUCGGCGGGCUGUGCACUGCUAGAACUGUGGACUGAAGGGUCUGCUCCAUUUGAAUUUUCGCAGCUGCUAGCCUACCGCCGGGGUGAAGUAGAAUUGGUUAAUAAGCACCUCGAAUUUAUCGAAAACAAUUGCUUGAGAACGCUUCUACAAUCUAUGCUAAGCUUAGAGCCCAAAAAUCGAAAAUCCGCUGAAAUUUAUCUGGAUCAAGAAAGAGGCAAACUUUUUCCGGAGUAUUUCUAUUCGUUUUUGCAAUCUUAUUUGCAAAUGUUCUCUACCAUUCCAAUUGUCCCUGCGGACGAGAAAAUUUCACGAUUGCAUUCAGAUAUUGAACAAAUUAUCAACAUUGUGACUGGGAAGAAUGAACAACCCCCGGAAGAGAAUUCUGAACAAGGCGACCUUCCAGAAGGGGUUAUCCCCGAAAUAACUAAGCAAAACUCUGAAAGUGACGGUUUGAUACUAAUAACUUCAGUGGUGACUUCCUGCAUCCGAGGUCUUAAAUUUUGCAGCUCGAAACUUGCCUCACUAGGCAUUCUCCGCAAGCUGGCAGAAAACACAACCUCGGAAACCAUUCUUGACCGCAUUCUUCCUUACAUCUUGCACUUAGCCCAAGAUUCGACGCCACGAGUACGGGUCUGUGCGCUCGAUACGCUCACGCACUGUCUCAGCUUAGUGCGUAACCUGUCGCGAAGUGAUGCAAAUGUAUUCCCCGAUUACAUUCUGCCCGCAAUCGCUCCUUUGGCGACCGACAGCUCUACGAUGGUUCGUGUUGCUUACGCUAGAAACAUCGCAACCCUUGCGGAAACGGCUGUCGGUUUUCUCGAACAAUCCCAGUUCAGUUGUAGUUCUGAGAAUCACACACCCCCGCAUUACGAAACGGAACUUAGCGCACUCCACGAAAUGCUCCAUCAAUCCGUUUUGUCGCUCCUCACCGACGCUCAGCCAAUCGUCAAACAAAUGCUUAUGGAGUCCGGAAUAACUAAGCUAUGUGUCUUUUUUGGUCGGCAGAAAGCGAAUGAUGUAAUUCUGUCGCAUAUGAUAACCUUUCUGAACGACAAAGGAGACAAAAAUUUGCGUGGUUCCUUCUUCAACUGCAUCAUUGGUGUGGCAGCUUUCGUCGGCUGGCACUGCUCGCCAAUGUUGAUCCCUUUGCUACAGCAAGGGCUCACCGAUCCGGAGGAAUUUGUGAUCGCCAAAGCGAUACGAGCGACCACGUCGCUAAUUGAACUGGGAUUAAUUCAAAAGUUGGGUAUUAUCGAGUUCAUAGCCGAAUGUGCCUGUUAUCUGAAUCAUCCAAAUCUCUGGAUUCGACACGAGAUUUGUGGACUGAUCUCCACCUCCGCUAGGAUUCUGAGUGCACUCGAUGUGCAAUGCAAAAUAAUGCCAUCGAUUGCCAAUCACCUGAAGGUGCCGCUAAUUCAGGUGGAGAAACCGGAGCUUCUUAUGGACAGCCUGCUGCCGGCGAUACCGCGCAAUAUUUACGACGAUGUUAUCAAGUGUCACGACAUCAACCAGCUGAUCGAAGUUCUGCGCGAGAGGAAAAUGGCUCGCAGUAAGUGCAGUGAUGGAUGCAUCCCGCAGUAUGGAGAAAUGACUACGCAGAUGAAAAAUCUAUUUCGCCGCCUCACUAACGAAGGCCUCACAGAGCAAAUCGAAUCCCAGCUGCUGGCAAUGAGUGCUCACUUGAUCAAAUUGCACCGGUACAAACUGGCGGAGACACGUCUACCGCACAACAACGGCCGCAUAACACUUAGCCCAACGGUCAUUCGGGAAGUUCCACUAUGCGAGCGGACCAAUAAAAUCGACCUAAAUGCAGGUAAAAGCAAACAAUGCAAAUCCGAAUCGGAAAACCCACAAGAGUGGCAACACAUGUUUACGGCGGUGGACUCACAUUCGCCGUCUCCCACAUCGCCCAGCAACGACUCGGUAGCGUCGGUGCUGACUGUCACGAAUUUGGCUCCGCCAACGCAACCAACUCCAACGUCCAGUUUGGUAGAGUACAGCAUGCCGGAGCGAACUGCCAUGCAGGAACGUUCCGCCGAAUGUAGAGUGGAAUUCGAAAAUCUUAUCGCCAAGCAGAAGGCACGUUACGCUUCCUAUGCAGUGAACCGAGAACUGCGGGAUCCACUAAUGAACGCAUCACCCCUUCCAGCAAGCUGGAAAAUGAACGGCACGCUGGUGGCCCAUUUGCAUGAACAUAAGGCUGCGGUCAGCCGGAUGACAACGCUAAAACAGUGCGGCUCACUAUUCGCCAGUGCUUCGAUCGAUGGCACUGUCCGGCUUUGGGAUUGCAACAAACUUGACGGCCAGCAGUCGAUUAAUCGAUCGCGGCAAUCUUAUCACGCGAAUACUCCGUUGCAUGCCAUUGCGGCAUGUGAUGCUGGACAAUCUCUGGCCAUCGCUGGUAAAGACGGAGCACUUUUACUGUUAAAAAUCGAUACCAACUCCAGUAAAAUGGCUCUGCAGCAGGCUCGACAUCUCGAUUCCAAUUCACGGGUCGAUCGUGUGAGUGGAGAACCCCAAGACGAUGGGCCGGUUGUCGAGAUGCAACCUCUUGAUCAAGGAGCCCAGAGUGUUAUCGUCUACGCAACGCUCUACGGAGCGCUGGUUGGAUGGGACAUCCGAAUGCCGGGUCAUGCUUGGCGCCUUGAAAGCGAUCUCCGUAAAGGUGUCAUCACGACUUUUUGUGUCGAUCCCGCAAGCUCGUGGCUCACAGUUGGAACCAGCAGCGGCCGGCACAUUUGCUGGGACUUGCGGUUCCGUUUGCCGAUUGCAGAAAUUAAACAUCCACAUGACUCGAGGAUACGUCGGGUAUCGCACCAUCCGACAGAGCCUUCCUGGUUAGUCUCGGCCUCGCAAGGCAACAAUGAAGUGUACGUAUGGAACAUCGAAACCGGACACCGGCAGCAAGCUUACUGGGCUAGUCCCAGUCCUCCGCUAUCCAAUACAAAUGUGUCGUCACAUUCCGUGUGCGCUCUCCUCCCAGGAGUAGUUGAUGGUUACGGCUUCCUUUUGACGGGAGGAACCGAUCAGCGCAUACGUUACUGGGAUUCUUUGAAUGUAGACAACUGCUCGCUGGUAGUCCCAGCGCCAAGAGAUUAUCUAGCAGCAUCCAACAUCUCAUACGAAUCUCGACUAAUUGACGGCACAAAUGUGAUUUCGGAAAUCCAUCACAACACCAGCACCGGAGGAAGUUCCAACACCGGGUCUGAUCGUACUAACCGAGCCGGCGCGGAGGACGCACCACGCUCGGGACCGGAAAUGCCUGCUCCGGGACAUCACGAUGUGAUCAGUGAUCUACUGAUGUGCCGGGCGGCCAGACAGUCCUUUGUAGUUUCCAGCAGUCGGGAUGGCGUAAUCAAACUGUGGAAGUAAAUUGUCAUUGGAUAGCAAUGCAAAUGCACGGUUUAUUUGUUAUAAUAAAAGUUUCGAAUAUGAGCACUACAAUCAA